ACCGGUGUUAGAAUGAGUAUAUAAAAAGUCGAAUUGCUACAGGAAAAUCCCUCCUUAUCGAGACACAGACGCAAAGUAAGUAGGUGAGCAAGUCUAAUAUUAUUUUGUCGGAGCAUUUCGCUAUAUUUUGUACACGUAAAAGUUUACUAUUCGAAAACUUAUCUACAAUCUAGAUAAGAUAAUAGUAAAAUAUAUGUGGUACAACCACUAAGUGAAUCAGUCUAUGCGAUAAAUUUGACAAAGCUACUCGAAAGUUGACAUCAAAAGGAUAACGGUGCGUGCAUAAAAAGAUGGCGAACAAAAACAAUUUAAAUGUUGGAAUGCGGUGUAUCAAGUAUAUGUUGGUGGUGAUUAAUUUAAUGUUCCUGCUCACAUCGAUACUGUUGAUCACCGUCGGAACCACAAUCCAAUCGAUUUAUGGAGACUUCAAAGAAUUCCUCGACAAUCACUUCAUGUCGAUUCCAAGUCUUCUAGUGGCUGUUGGCUUUGUCAUGCUAGUAGUUGCCGCCUUUGGUAUCAUCGGCGCAUUCAAGGAGAGCACAAUGUUGACCAACAUUUACGCUUGCCUGCUGUCACUCGUGUUCAUAUUGGAAAUUUCAGCAGCAAUAGCUGGAUUCGUGUUGCAAGGUCAAGUUAGAGAAAUGUUAAUUCGAACAAUGAAUGAAUCCAUUACGGCCUACACGAAAUAUGAAACUGCUACGGUUGCAGUCGAUUUUAUGCAACGUACGCUUGAAUGCUGCGGUGUUGAUGGACCCGGUGAUUGGUACGGUGUUUUGCCCGAAACAGACUCGGAGAGUGGAUCUGUAUUGGUGCCAGAGUCUUGUUGUGGCGAUUUUGAAGGAUUAAAGUGUGACGAAUACUUUAUGUCUGGAUGUCUUGAUCGUAUGCACUUCAUUAUUGGGCAGAGUGCUAUGAUGAUUGCAACUGGAGCAACUACGGUAGCAUUUGUUCAGAUCUUAGGUGUCAUGUGUGCAUUUAUGUUAGCGAAGACAAUCCGAAGAACAAAGUCACUAAGAGCCGCUAAACGUUGGCAACUACAUCAAAGCCUUGGAAUUAUUGCCGGAAAUGAUAAGCCAGAUUACGACGACUACACCCAAUUGGAUAAGUCAGUAACGUACAACGCAAAGUAGAUUUUCCGGAGGAAUGAUUAAACAUAUUCAAUGAAAUUAACGCGUCAAAUUUUGAAACCUAUUUGAAAUGUAUCAAAUAAAAACGGUUCAAUUUAUCACCAAAAUAA